AUGUCAGGGUCAGCUGCCCCACACUUCACUGGGGCAAGGUACCUACUGCAAGAAGAUAGUGGGUGUGAUGCCCGAUGGUCCAUGGCCGAAGACGAUGGUGCCUGCGGAAAGCUUCCCGUAAACCAUCGCCAGCGGGGAUGCUUGCUGGCCACAGUGGCUCGUCCAGAUGGCUCCAACGGACACAGGUUGGAGUUGAUGAGCGUCAGUGGUGUAGAUGCUGUGCUGGUUCUGCUCUGCGCCCUGGGUUUGCUGACCUUCGUCGGCAUGUUUGAAGUGAUCGACGGGGCAGAAUUCCAAGCAGAGAAAGCAGGUCCUGCAAAGGCGGAUCCGUCCCCAGCAGUGAAUUCCUCCCUGUCGGCCGCCACGGGUACUUCGAGCCUGGGUGCAGCACAGUUUGCGAGUGACUGCUAUUCCAGCAUGAGUGCUCCGCAGUUCGCCACAGACUGCUAUUCCAGCCUUCACCCUCCACGCUUGGCCACGGAAUGCUAUUCCAGUAUGAGUGCUCCACAAUUUGCUACCGACUGCAAUUGCCUCGGCCCCGCACCUGAGGGUGGCUCCAAAGAGGAUCACCCUGUCGCUGGAGCAAAGUGA